ACAUGAGUCCGUACAACCUGCGCUCCCUGCCUGCCUGGGCGCUCCUGCUGCGGCAGCUUCUCCUCCUGAGUUUGGUAGCAUGUAAGGAGUCAGAGAGUUCGCGACGGAGAGCCGCUCUUAUGUCACCUUCAGACUUCCUGGACAAGCUCAUGGGAAGGACGUCAGGAUACGAUGCUAGGAUCAGACCCAAUUUCAAAGGACCCCCUGUGAAUGUGUCAUGUAACAUAUUUAUUAAUAGUUUUGGUUCCAUUGCAGAAACAACAAUGGAUUACAGAGUGAAUAUAUUUCUGAGACAGCAGUGGAAUGACCCUCGGCUGGCGUACAGUGAGUAUCCCGAUGACUCCCUUGACCUAGACCCUUCAAUGCUGGACUCCAUCUGGAAGCCGGACCUCUUUUUCGCCAAUGAGAAAGGAGCUCACUUCCACGAGGUGACCACAGACAACAAGCUUCUCAGAAUAUUCAAGAACGGGAAUGUUUUGUACUCCAUAAGAUUAACCUUAACACUAUCUUGUCCAAUGGACCUUAAGAACUUCCCAAUGGAUGUUCAAAUAUGCAUCAUGCAGCUGGAGAGUUUUGGAUACACGAUGAAUGACCUCAUUUUUGAGUGGCAGAAAAGUGGACCUGUGCAGUUUGCUGAAGGUCUUACCCUCCCGCAGUUCAUUCUCAAGAAUGAGUCUGAUUUGAGAUAUUGUACCAAGCAUUACAACACAGGGAAGUUCACAUGUAUAGAGGUGCGCUUCCACUUAGAGAGGCAAAUGGGUUACUACUUGAUCCAGAUGUACAUUCCCAGCCUGCUGAUUGUCAUCCUAUCCUGGGUGUCCUUCUGGAUUAACAUGGAUGCUGCUCCAGCACGUGUGGCUCUGGGCAUCACAACAGUGCUCACCAUGACAACACAGAGCUCUGGCUCCAGGACCUCACUUCCAAAGGUGUCGUAUGUGAAAGCCAUUGACAUCUGGAUGGCAGUGUGCUUGCUCUUUGUUUUCUCGGCUUUGCUGGAGUACGCAGCCGUCAACUUCGUCUCCAGGCAACACAAGGAGCUCUUAAGGUUCCAGCCUAAAAAGAAGAAGAGUAAGCACACGGAUGUGCUUGAUGGAGAUGAAAGCAUACAGACCCUGCAUGGCAGUAAUGGUGUGAGAAGGGCAGAAUCCCUGUACGGAUCGUUCGGUAAAAUCUGCCGAUCAAACAGCGGGGAGGAGGACACGAGGCAAAGCCGGCAGAGUUUCACUCCAACUGCUGAGACGCCGUGCAGUGUGGGAAAGGACGGCGCCUUCGCCAAGACCCCCGGCAGUGCUGCUCAGGCUCCCCUUGCUCUGAUGAUGGCAUCGACAGCAUCAUCAGCAGCAGCAGCAGCAGAGAAAUCCCAGGAGGAACUGAGGAAGCUUUUCAUCGACAGGGCCAAGAAAAUCGACACCGUGUCCCGCGCUGGGUUUCCACUGGCCUUCCUGCUCUUCAACAUCUUCUACUGGGUGCUAUACAAAAUCCUGCGGCGUGAGGAUACAAAUCAGCAGUAGAGCAAA